GCUCAGUCCACACCCUCCUGGGCUCCUCCAAUUCGCGUUCUCACGUAGUUUGGUCCAUGUGACGCUCCGUCUCUGAUUACAAUAUGGCGACCUCCAUGUUGAACCGGGUGUGUGUGACCCUGAGGGUCUCGGGGAUUUCGAGUGUGACCCCCAAAAAGGGCCCAGGGUACAGUACAGGUCUAUCUGUCCCUCAGCCAGGUAAGACAUACAUAUGGUAUGUCCCUUUAGCCUGAUACUGUAUGUAAGCCAUUGACAGGAUCUCUGGCAUGUCCAUGUGUCAUCCAAAACCUGUCACUGAAUUUCUUUUAGGAAAAUAUAUCAUUGCUUAAGCUCGUAGUUUGCUGUUGUCCAUUACUAACCUGAAGAUUAACUUAUAAAUGCAUUAAUUUAGGGGUUUAAACGCCAAACUGCAGGUAGUUUGCAAAAGGAAUUGCAAAAUUGAGACUGCAAUGGCCAAGAUGAUACUGUAUCUGAGUUGGAGAAUUGUUUUCAAUUUUACCUAAAUUUUGCCAUUUGGCUUUUUAUUUGCUGCAGUUUGGAGCUUAGUGAAUAAACCCUCUAGUGUACUUUGAUUUACAUACACGCAGUUACCAAAACAUGUACCUAGCUAAUAAAAACAAUAAAGUUUACCAUAAGUAUAUGAAGAUAUAUGUAACUAACAGAUAAUGCUAUGAAUGUUUUUGUAUGUACGCAUGCAGGUUAUUUACUAAAGUGAGAAUUUUCAGGAUUCAAAGUGAAUUUCAAAAUUAAGGCAACAAUAGCCGAACUGGAAAAAUUAUCCAAGUCAGCUAUGCUUCCUGUUUGGCUACAUUGACCUUAAAUGUGAAAUCCACUUUGAAUAUCUGUUAAUUCUCACUUUAGUGAAUAACCCUCAUUUAUAUGUCCAUCAAACUUUACGAGGGUUAUUUGCAAUAUAGUUCCUUAUUCCUGUUGUGUAUUUCCCAGCAGCUCCAGUGACACGGGGAAACCGUCCUUUCCAGAAGGGCAUGUUAAAGAGACAGGUAAGUGCUAUUUUAAUCAUUCAGGUAAUUUUUAUGCGUGGCCAAUCAGUUUGAUACCUGUCAAUUUUACUGGGUUUGGCAGGACUGUUAUUGAUGAGGCAGGUUUGUUCUCUGGUGUGGUGUAUCUGGUUCUGUGAUUCUGUGCUGUCAAGUUAUUAUUUUAUAUGACUCUUCUAAAUAUGCAGAAAGUCUAAAACAUUUCAUCAACUGGAAUGGCCAGCAUUGACUUGUGAAGGCCAAAUUCUCUUAUAUUCUAGCUCACUUUGCCAUUUAUUACACGGCAUGAACUCGCAGUUGACUUUGGUAGUUUUUCUAGAGUUACAAUUGGUUGCUGGAGAGGAAGAGGUCAAGCACAGAUUGUCCAUAUUUUUUGCCUUUUCAUUCUCUAAAAUGUCCUAAAUUGUUUUAUUUUGCUUAUUAGAUCCAUAUACAUUUUUCCUGUAGUUCCAUUUCAUUUCACCUUCAUGGUCUGAGCUGGGAGGACAUUCCAAUUUCUUCAAAUCUUUGUGCAAAUAAUUUCCACUGAAACAAAUCUCUCUCUUUUUUUUUGUAUAGCCACCUGCUCCAAGGACAGAAAAGAUGCUCCCAGAUCAAGACUGGACUAGUGUUUAUCCAACUGCAGCAGCAUUUAAACCUUCAGCAGUGCCACUCCCCAUUCGCAUGGGAUACCCACUAAAGGGCAGUGUCCCUCCUGAAAAGACAGGGAAUCUUGAGCUUGUGAAGGUAAAUGGUCGGAAGUCAAAUGUGAUGAAAACAGAGGUUCAGUCUUAACAUGGUUAUUCACUAAAGUCUAAAUGGCUCCAAACGGAAUGGGGCAAAACCAUCCGGCUGAAUUUGGGGCACUUCUCUUGAGACUUGGCUAUCAGAGUGCUCUGAUUGGUUAAUUUACUAGCCAAGCAAUCGGAGCGCUUCUGGUCAUAUUGAAAAGCAUGGGAAACUUUCCCACGCUUUGUGAUAUCUAUCAUAGUGAGUGAAGCCUGAAAGGGCUUUCCCCACUAAGAGCAGCCAUUCGGUGUCAAGCCCUCCAUUGUUAACAUGGAUUAUUUUAUUUUUUUUGUUAUUUUGCAACGGCUUUUUAAAAUAUAAAUUACAAGUGUUGGGUAUUAUGGAUUUUUAUUUGGUCUUUUUUUGUGGCUGAAGACAGAUGAAUUGGAAGAGAGAAGACUUCUGAUGGUAUUUUUUUGAAGCUUUUUUUUUUUUUUUCUUGUCAUUAUUAUUAGGGUGAGGGGGUAAGUAAGGGCGUUGUUUUUGUGGUGGUUUGGGGGUUGCAAAUGUCUAGACACCAGGUGAAAAAUUUACUAUUAUUGCAAGCCAACUCCCCUCCCCCCCCCAAUUCCCUUUUUUAUGAUUAAUUAUGGUCCCUACAGCAUGGGUUGAUUACCAGGGGAGGGGAUUGGUGGGAACUGGGAGAGGGGACACUAGGUCUCCCAGCUUAUUAUAAAUAUUGAGGCCACCAGCACAGGCAUGGGUAGGGGCCAGGGGAGGGGACACUAGCUCCCCCCUGUUAUAAAUAUUACGGCUCCUGCUUGCUGGCAUUCCUGACCAUGUCCCCUUCCCCCUGUUAUUUCUAGCAAAAUUGGGGCCAAGUUGCUAGUUUUAAAUGUUUAGCCGAUAUGUUUACCUCCAUGGGAUUUUUAUUAUUAUUUAUUUAUUUUUAAUGUGGCUGCUGGCUAACAAGUGUUGGCCAGCCGCCACAUAAUUGACCCUAAUGCUACCGAGGAUUUUUAACUAUGUAAAGCAAGUGAAUUAUAAUUUGUGAACGCACAUCCUGUUGAAUGCUUUCAGUUUAUUUGCUGCCAUGUCGCUUUUAUAUAUUUUUUUUUCCUCCUCAUAAACAGACCUUGAUGUGUUUACCUUAUUAUUGCUUUUCUCUCCAUUGAUUUCCAGAUCCCCAAUUUUUUGCACCUGACCCCUGUUGCCAUAAAGCAACACUGUGCAGCUCUACGAGGUGAGAUCAUUGAUUAGGAUAAUGCUCGGAGGGUUUGGUGAAAUUUUACAUUUGUCAGUGAACGAUUUUUUUUUUUUUUUAUAGUUAGUAUAAUUUUAUAUGAACAUAUUACAGUUUAGAUAAUUUGUUAUUCUGCAGAAUAUAAAGAUGAAACAGUUCAUUAAGAAAGAAAUAGGAUGUUUCUCCUGAAUGCUCUUCUUUAAAGGGAUUCUAUAGUGCCUGGCAAACAAAGCUGUUUUCCCGGCACUAUAGGGUUAUAAGGUCCCCCCCCACUUCCACAGGGCUAAAGGGUUUAAAACCCUUUCAGCCACUUACUUGAAUCAAGCACCGAUGGCCCUCGGCGCUGGGUCAGGCUCUGCCCACGCUCCUCUUCCGCCGGCGGGUGGCACCUAAUGCGCAUGCGCGGAAAUGGCCGCGCGCGCAUUAGACCUUCGCAUAGGAGAGAAUUAUUCAAUUCUUUCGUAUGGGGAAAAUCAGACGCUGGAGGUCUGUGAGGAUGUCCAGCGUCCGUUAACGGGCCAAAAGUCCGUUUAGAUUCCGGAAGCCCUCUAGAGGACAGACUUAGAGCUGCAAUGUAAACAUUGCAGUUCUCUGGAACUGCAAUGUUUUACAUUGCAGCACUAAGUGCAAAAGGGUCAUAGCCCCCAGACUACUUCAAUUAGCUGAAGUGGUCUGGGUGCCUACAGUGUCCAUUUAAUAAUUUUUCAUGUAUCUGUUUUUUUUUUUUUUUUUUUUUUUACACAACCUUUAACCCCUUAAGGACACAACUUCUGGAAUAAAAGGGAUUCAUGACGGAAUAUUUCCGUCAUGUGUCCUUAAGAGGUUAAAGUUUAUUUGAUUUUUUGGUGCCAUUUUCUUGGCCGAUGUCUAUUUGAAAUGCAUUUAGUUUGUUAUAGUUUAAUUCAUAGGGAUUUAUGUUUAAAUAGCAAUAGUAGAGCAUUUACAGUAGACAACCAAUGAUGCUUUACUAAUCUGUUCAUUUUGUUGAGUUGGUAAAGGAAAUAAGAAAAUGUGAAGAAGUACUUGUUCAGGCCUGCUUAGUGGAGGUGUGUGUGUGUGUGUGUAUUUCUGACAACACUUCCUGCUGUAGAAAUGUGUUUGUGCAUCUUUUGUUUUGCAGAGUUCUGCACUCACUGGCCAUCUGCUCUUUCAGGUGAUGAGCUAUGUACACAGCACUAUCCUAUUGAGUUUCAGACUGUAGAUUAUGUCACAGCUGGUCCUUCUGUACGAAAUCCAAAAGCCAGAGUGGUAACUCUGCAGGUGAGUGAUGACUUGUAUUGUAGGCAGUCCUAGAGCUGCUCAAACCAGUGGACAUUUCAUAAGUCUAUUUUCAAUGUACAAUUUUCCCUGUUGAAAGCUAUAUUGUAAAGGAUAACAUGAAGUGCUGUGGACCGCCUUACACCAUAUUUCAUUAUACAAUGUCAGAAAGAUCAGUUGGCCUUUAAAUUAACCUAGUGAGGUUUUUUUUCUUUUUACAACAUAUUAAAUAUAAAAAGUAUUAUGAUAAAUUGUAAUCAUAAAUGAGAAAAAUAUUAUAGCAAUACACAUCAAUUAUUAUUAGAACAAAAAAAAAGACAUUUGUUGUGAUCUGAAUCUGUUUGAUAAGAAGGGGUAAAAAAAGGCAGGUUGACUAGAGUAUGCUUGAUCUAGACAUAAGAUACAGAGGCUGAAAAAAAAUUACUGUAGGAGGGGCUGAAUCAGGUACACAAGGCCCUGCCUGCUCAAUGCUAAACCUGGCUUGCAGAGAGUGUUAGUGAUACGCAAUAUAGGAACCAGAUUUUAGAAAAUAUGUGGAAUACAAAAGGGCCUUUCCAAAGCUUAGUAAAGCAGAGACAGGCUGCUGUGCAUGAGUAAGGGCAAGAGGACACCUAAGAAGAUAAAUUUUGGAUGAACUGGGUCAGGAGUGAGAUUGUUGCCCAGUAUUUUAUAACACUGGGUGAAGACAUUAACCUACAUGGGGGGAGAGGGAGGGACAUUCUGGUCAAACCAGCGUAAAUAGGUUAGAUUCUCUUGAGAACGAAGUUUCAUCUGGUUAUAGGGAUACUGUAGUCACCAGAACAACUAAAGCUUAAUGUACUUGUUCUGGUGUUUCCUGCCCAUCCCUGCAGUCUUUUUAAUGUUUUACAUUACUACCUAGUAACACCUGUGCUGGCAGUCACUCAGAUGGCCACUAGAAGUGUUUCCUGGGUCAGUGCUGUAUGUGUUCCCCAAAUUGCGCAUGAAUCAAUGCAUCUUUAUUAGGAGAUGUUGAUUAAUGCAACGUGGAGUUUUGCCUCCCAAUGCUUGACUGAGAUCAUCGAACUUGGUGAUCUCAGUCAAGGAGGUGGGCUGAAGCCAGCCGCGACAAGACCAGUGCAUCGCAAAUAAAAAAGGCGAGUAAGACAUCUUUUUAACGGGGAUCAAGUGGGGCUGGCAAUCUAAACAGCACUAUUAGAACUAUAAUGUAAGGAAUUCAUGUUUUGUAUUCCUGACACUAUAGUGUUCCUUUGUUAUUAACACCAUUAUCCAUGACCAAAAUACAAGUGGUGAGUUUCUAAAUAAUAAGUUCCAGUCUUGUUUGCAAAAUGUAACCGCAAAUAUCCAGUUCCCACAGAGACUGAUAUAAACAGGGGUAUGGGUUGCUGUCCAGAACAGAGUUUAUAUUUGAGAUUACACUUGUAGCCCUGCCUUUUCUGGCACAAAGUCUUUUAAAUAGGUACUUUGCAAGAGUGUUGAUGACUACAACUGAAAUGAUAAAAUGUUGAAUCUUAUUCAAAUGAUGAUAUAGGUCUCCUGUAAGUAUCCAAGGGAUAAGGGGGCAUAUUUGACAACUAAGAGCUCGUUUUCCUCUUUGUUGGUUACUGACUUCUAAAUUUUAACAGUAGCGACAGGCAGCCACUAAAUGUCAGGUGCUAAGUAAUUAUUAACUGCUUUUAUUCUUUUGGGAGCUGCUAACCUCUACUUGGCUACCGUUUUUCCAACCUUGUUGCUACUCCUUACUGGAUGCCAACCCAGAAAGCCAGCCUCUGACCUAAUGUAAAGAGGUUGAUGACAGCUCAAACCUUAUACAUCCUACAUAAACAAAGUCUUGUUCUGACUCUUUCAACAAGUUUUACUGGCCAACUGCUGUUUGACUGUUGCUAAUGGUAACAUAGGAUGAAAUGCAUCAUCAUGUGUGUUUCUGUGCUUUUAGAGCAAGCCGCUAAUAUGUACUUGGUUAGUAUCUGUUUCAGCAGAUAUUUUUUUUUUGUUAGCAAUAGGCUACACAUAUUUACCAAAAUUGUAAACCUGGUGGUAAUAUUUAGCUGUUGAAUGUGACUGGCUGUUACCUGUAACAGCUAAAGGCACCUAUUUAUUGAAAGAAUUGUAAAUGAGCCGUAAGUUACCCUAAGUACAGUCGUUGACUGCCAUUGUUAUAUAGCCUUCCUAAGAACUGCUUUGUUGCCCCUGGAACUGCCUGCGACAAAUGCUGGAUUAUUGAGGAUAGGAACAAGAGAAGUGAGAGUUUCUUUAAAUUGUUAGAGAUAAUAAAAGGAAGGGAGACUUCCACAGAGAAGAGAAACUAAAUAGUGCAGUCCACAUAAGUCAUAUUCAAUAUCAACCCAUUGAAUUCUCACUGGCUCAAAUUUCCUCACAGAAAAUGGAAUUAAUUGAGCCUAGCCAUGAUAUCUUGCAUUUAUCCCAGAAUAAUAACUUUGUGUUAUUCCCUAAACACAAUUGACUAUAAUUUCGAGUUCAGUAAAUAAACCCCAGUGAGAAUUAUCAGAUGGAUCAGGGUAUAUCUGAAGCAUUAUAUUCUCGAGAGGAGUUUUGCGUGUUGGCUGCAAAAGCAAUGAUCAAGGUGAAGCUGAAAGGACUUGCAGAUGUUUGGUGCAGCUGAAUCAUGUAGGUACACCCUGCAUGCUCUUACUGUAGAAGUACUUGGAUGGAUAAUGAGGAUGUUAGAAGUCCUCACUGCAAAACCUUAAGAUGCCUUAGAGUUGUUUGUCCUCUGUGAAAUCAAAGGAAAAUAGGGUGACAGCCCCAUAGCGUUAUAAAAAAAUAUACAUGUCAAUACUUUGUUAAACACAGAUCGGCAAACACCAGUCAAGGCACAAGAUUUGCUUUUCAACAAAGAAUCACCUUUUUGCCUCAUAGUUCCAUUUUAAACGUUUGUUUGCUGUAUACAACUGCUUUGAAAUACAACUCAGGAAGAAAUGCAUAGUCAGUGAACCACUCAUGGACAGCUGUUUCGUUGUUAUAUAUAUCCUAUUGUACAGCGCUGUCUGUUGGUGCUUUUAUAAAUAAUAAUAUUUUUAUAUAUAUAUAUUAUUAGUUUAUUGUUCAAUUUCUUUACCCAGAAACAUUCUCCAGUUCAGCCAUUGUUUUGUCAAUUGACAUCCUUUUUUAUAUGGAUCUGUGUAUUAAAAUAAAAUAUAUUUUAAUUGGACAUUUAAUACAUUUUACACAUUGCCCUCUUUUCUUCUCCAUCUUGCUUAAAGUUCAUUCUUCUCUCCUUUUCUCUCAGGUGAAACUCUCCAAUCUAAACCUGGAUGAUCAUGCUAGGAAAAAGCUCAUUAAACUUGUCGGAUCUCGAUACGACAAAGACUCUGAUACGUUGACUAUUCGGACUGACAGGUAUGCAAUCCUUACAUCCCGUUAGACUGAACUUGUGACGACCCAUUGAGCAUAGUCCUGCACAACCAAUUAUCAGGCUGUAGUGGUUAUGGAGUAUUUCUUUAAGUCUAAUAUUUAUUUGCUGCCAGUAAUAUGUGUAUACGUGUGAAUGAGUGGGAGGGAAAUUUAUGGGAAUAAUAGAGUUAAAAAGAAAAAAUAUAUAUUUUAUAAGCAAUUUAAAGAAGAAUUGGUGUUCCAUUUAAAAAAAAUUUAUUUAACAAAAUUGUGGAGGAAAAAGUCAUCCUGGAAGAAAUGCUAUAUGCAAAUAUUAUCCCUAUACAUAAGCCAGAUAAACCACCAGAUCAAGUAAAGAGUUAUAGACCUAUUUCUCUGCUAAAUUUGGAUAUAAAGAUAUAUGCUAGCAUCCUAGCUAACAGGAUGCAAACCGUCUUACCUUACCUAAUUCAUAAAGAUCAGGUUGGCUUCAUAAAAGGUAGACUCUCCAGCAAUAGUGUGAGAAAAAUAAUUGAUAUUCUAGACCGCACUAACGACUCAGGGGUCCCAUUUCGGGCACUGUCAUUGGACGCAGAGAAGGCCUUUAAUAGGGUCAAACAAAAAAUAUAUCAGAUAAAAAUCUAAUAAAAAAUCCAGGAAUGGUUAACGUGAUAUACCUUUAAAUCUCUUUAGAAUAGUGGUAAGACUAGUAAUAAUUCAUUACUUACUUAAAAUUUCAUAAAAAAUAUAUCAUAAAAAGUAUAUAUAUUUUGUGCAACAGAUCAUUCACAGUAAUAUCCAAUAAAUAACAAAAAAAAAAAAAAAAAAGAAGAAAAGGAAAUAAAUUGUCCAAUUGAUAACAGUCUUGUAAAUAGAUACUAUGUAUCAAAUAGUAGCAGCAGUCUUUUAAAUUGUAAACUGACUCAGUUCACUCCAGUUAUAGAAGAACUGGUAUAUGGAUACUGAGUGAGUUAGUAUACUGUGUGUACAAUAUUAUAUUAUAAAUGGUCCUAUUUUAUAAUAAUUGUACCCUUGUAAAAAGUAAUAAAUAGAUAUAAAAUAUCAUUGAUAGGUCAUAGUUGAUGGCCCUCAAUAAAAUAUAUGCUUAAUUCACCAUUAAAAACUGAAGUGCUGAAAUGGUUAAAAAUAUUCAAUUUUAUUUGAAAAAAUCAAAUUAAAAGUUAUAUUAGGCACUCACAACUAUUACAUGUUACACAUCAGUAACAAGAUUACCUAGUGGAAUUUAAAUUGCCGCCGAACGAAGGAAGAAAACAAAGAUACACACGAGGCUCACGGAGAGCCAGCUCUUCCAUUUAUUUGACGAUCGGACUGCAACAACUGUAUACACCAGGUUCCAAAACUGCAACCGGGCAAGAAGUUUGAUAUCAAAGUGUGAGUGCCUAAUAUAACUUUUAAUUUGAUUUUUUCAAAUAAAAUUGAAUAUUUUUAACCAUUUCAGCACUUCAGUUUUUAAUAGUGAAUUAAACAUAUAUUUUAUUGAGGGCCAUCAACUAUGACCUAUCAAUGAUAUUUUAUAUCUAUUUAUUACUUUUUACAAGGGUACAAUUAUUAUUAUAAAAUAGGACCAUUUAUAAUAUAAUAUUGUACACACAGUAUACUAACUCACUCAGUAUCCAUAUACCAGUUCUUCUAUAACUGGAGUGAACUGAGUCAGUUUACAAUUUAAAAGACUGCUGCUACUAUUUGAUACAUAGUAUCUAUUUACAAGACUGUUAUCAAUUGGACAAUUUAUUUCCUUUUCUUCUUUUUUUUGUUUUGUUAUUUAUUGGAUAUUACUGUGAAUGAUCUGUUGCACAAAAUAUAUAUACUUUUUAUGAUAUAUUUUUUUAUGAAAUUUUAAGUAAGUAAUGAAUUAUUACUAGUCUUACCACUAUUCUAAAGAGAUUUAAAGGUAUAUCACGUUAACCAUUCCUGGAUUUUUUAUUAGAUUUUUAUCUGAUAUAUUUUUUGUUUUACUUUGCAAUAUUAAGGAUUUUUUAGUGGAAUCCUUAUUUUUCCAGUAGAGUGGUUUACUGCAGCAAUACUAGGUUCUCUAACACACGGUUAUUUUUCAUAUUAACCAUAACGUUAUAUUUUGCUUUAAUAGGGUCAGGUUGGACUUCCUGAUAGCAUCUAUGAAGGGUUUUGGUUUUGGUGGAUGUCUAAUGGAUACUGUUAUGGCAUUAUAUUCCUACCCAAGAGCUAGAACUAUAGGGAGAGGUAUAAUAUCUGACUGGUUUAAAAUAAGCAACGGGACAAGACAGGGAUGUCCUCUCUCGCCGCUGCUUUAUUUGUUUAUUUUAUCGAACCCUUAGCCUGUGAAAUUAGGGAAAACCUAAAGAUUAAAGGAGUUAGAAUAGGUCAAGAAGACUACAAAUUAUCACUAUAUGCGGACGAUGUCCUAAUCACCAUCACAGAUCCAGUACCAUCAUUGGAUGAAUUGAUGAAAGUUAUAACCGAAUUUGGAAACUACUCUAAUCUCAAGUUGAAUGUAGAUAAAACAACUGUAUGAGCAAAAAAUCUAAGUAAGGAAGCUAGAGGAAAGAUUGGGAAUAAAUAUGACUUUGCUUGGGCUAAGAAAUAUUUGCAAUAUCUAUAUAUUAAAAUAACAAGUAACCCAAACAAAAUUAUAGAGAAUAAUAUUCUUCCUAUGAUGAAACAAAUAAACAACUUAAGAACUGCAGAGAUAUCAUGGAUUGGAAGAAUAAAUGUUGUAAAAUCAUACUUAUUGCCCAAAUGGAGCUAUAUAUUCCGCAUGGUACCUCUUAAAAUUCCAAAACCAUGGCUUAUAAUGAUAGACAGCUUUUGAGAAGUUUAUAUGGCUGGGAAAAAAAAAGAGUGAAUAAAAAAAAUAUUAAAUAUGAAUUCAAAAAAGGGUGGGUUGGGGGUCCCGGACAUUCUAGAGACAUAUGAGACAUGCGCAUUGGCUCAUUUAAUUAUAUCGUUAAAAGAGAGCUCUGCAGAGGAAGCAUGGGCAAAAAUGGAAGCUACAAGACUGGGAUCUCCAGACUUAUUAGCUAUAUUUUGGAGCCUACAAAAAAGAAAUAACAUAAAUAUAGGCCUAAUUAUGGAUAAUUUAUUAUUGCAGUGGAAAAAUUGGAAAAAGAGACUUAAGAUACUGGAUAAUAUUAUCACGGAUUUACCUCUCAACAUUUUUGACAGUCAAUAUAGAAGAUUUAAAUGUAAAAACCUGGACGUCUAAUGGUAUUAAUAAAAUAGAUCAAAUAUUGCAACAGAAUCAAAUUAUGUCUUUUGAGGACAUUAGGCAGUUAUUUUCUUUUCCCUAUAGAGAGAAUUUGACAUAUUUAAGGAUAAAGCAUUUUUUUUAUAUAAACAUAGGGUUAUAGAAUCAUCUGAAGGAUUACAUCUAUUCAUGAAUCUAAUUCUAAAAGUAAUAAAAAUUUAGUAUCACAUUGUGCUAAAUUACAUACAUUAUAUAAAUCAAGUCCAAUAUUCCCAGCCCUUGUUUCAUGGGAAAAAGAUCUACAGAUUACUAUCACAAGAAAUGAGUGGAUAAAUGCAAAUAAUGCUGUAACUAAGGCUAUUCAUUGUUUAAAUUCAACUGAAAGUCAUUAUAAGAUCAUUAAUAGAUGGCACUAUGUCACCACUAAAUUGGCAAAAAUAUACCCAUUCUCUCAACGUAAGUGUUAGAGAUGUGGCUCACUUAGAGCAGACUAUGUCCAUAUUUGGUGGUCUUGCACAAACUUAAGUCAAUUUAUGGAAUAAAGUUGCAAAAUUCUGUCAAGAGGUGAUAAAAGUAGAUCUAGAUUUUACUUGUAGGUCUUUUGUGCUACAUCUGGGCUGGCCUAGAAUCUCAAGAAGUAAAAAAGAUAUAGCAACAUGAGCGAGAUACUGGAAAUGAUCUGAUUUCCCCCUCUUGGGAUAUGAUAAAAUAUCAGGUCUUGAACCAUUGCAAAAUGGAGAUUGGAAUCCUGAGACAAGAUAAUUCUAUUAAUUCUAGAACAGAACAAUGGGAGGAAUGGGUAAAAAAAAAUAAGCUUUACAUAAGAAAAACAAUUGUAUCUAUUAUUGGAUCUUGGUACAGUAUGUAUAUUGGACAUUUAUUGUUAAAUAUAGGUAGUGAAUAAUAACUUUAAUUUUUUUUGAGAAGAAGUAAAGACGAUAAAUCUAGUAUGACAAAUAACUAAUGAAUAUAGAGACAGAUUAGAAAUAUGUUUUAAUAAUUCUAUAUCUCAGACCUAACAUUGUUGAUAUGUUCAUAUGGUUCUAAUGUUUCUAUAUUUUGCAUCUCAAUAUAAAGCUGUCUAAUGGCUAUUUAUAGCCUACAUUUUAUUAAAAAAAAAAAAAAAGGAGGAGAAAGUAAGAGAAAAUGGGCACUAUCUGUUAGGAUUUAUAGAUCUCGGCACAGUAUGACCUUAUGUUUGUAUGUUUUUAUGUUUACAUUGUUUGUCAUAGACAGUGAAUAACUAUUUAAGGUCCUCUCAAGUCGAAGUGAAGACACUAAAUUUAGUAUGAUGACUAAUUUAUAAAUAAGGUGAUAAGGGAAAUAAAUUAAAAAAUUGGUAUCUUAGAGCGCUAGAACUGUCAAAAUGUAUUUAUGGUUGUACUGUCUUUUGAUUAUAUUUUUAAAUGUAAGUCUUAUUGUCUAUUGUGAUAAAUUUUCAAAAAAUAAUGAAAUGGAAAAAAAAAAGGAAAAAAAUUGUGGUGUAAUGCAUGCAUACUUCACACUCUUUGUAGGAGACAUUGCAUUUGUCUUUACUAUGGGUGAAAAGAAGGGGAAAUCCACCAAAAAGUAUAAGCGCAUUCCCUACAGAGAAAUGGAUCUCCAGCAAUUAGGUGAAAGGGAGGGGGAUCAUUUUAUAGAUAGGUUCUGGUGUUAGAUAUCAGCAGUAAGUUCUUUUUUAGUGCACCUCUAUAUAAGUAUACCUUUUUGUAAUCUUGGUGACCAUGUUUGGGAGUUUUAUCUAUUGCUUAUAGUGUAUGAAUAUGGAUAAAAUUAAUACAAGGCUCUGUAAUCACAGAAUGUCAUUAAAGUCAUUUACAACUGGAUAAAAAUUAAAGUAUCAAAAAGGAAAACACAAAAUGUACACAAAUUCCUAAUCGAGGUGGCAUGCAGGACUAUGAUUAGAAAUAAUUUGUAAUAAUAUGCACUUGGAUGUGCGAAAUAUGUAUAUACUUUGUUUUUCAUUGUGUGCUGGAAAGCAGUAGCAAAUUUGAAUAUUCGUGUUUUCAUAAUGCUCUUGUGAUUGAGAUAUCUUCUCAUUGAUGUCCAUCGUUGUAGGUACAGGUCAAAAUGAACUUGUACUUUUGUGUUUUUUACCUGCAAAGUUGAUUGAUGUAUUGAAAGUUACAUCACUUUCUCUUUUGGUUGUGUAAAAGUGUAUUGACCCUGCUAACUGACACUGGCAACAGUUUUGGUUGUGGGCUUAGAGAGUGAGACUAUGACAGCAACUAGAAAGAAGAAUGUUUUUGUAUUUUACCAUGGGGGAGGUGGGAGAAAGACAGUCCAUAUACAAAAUCAUUGCUUCACUAAGUAUUGCGUAUUGAUCUGUUUCCUCUUCAUUAUUUCAGAUGUCCUCUUCGAAGACAGAAUCAAGAUUAUGCUAUGUACCUCCUAACUGUCUUAUACCAUGAAUCAUGGGUAAGUGUUUACCACGCAUUAUGCAGUAUAUUCUUUAGCUCUCUUUGUGAGUGGAGGUCUACAAAGCCGGGAAUAUGCAGCUUUAUCUCCGUGAUAUACUGAAGUUAAUGGAAUGUUUAACUUUUUUUACAGGCAUUAUAAGCUUCCUAUUUGUUUUUCUUUUUUUUUUUUUUAAAAGACACUCUUUAUGAGAAUUACAGACUGGAAUUUUUUAUUUUUUUUUGAUGAACGUCCUAAAUAAUAAAUAAUUAGAAAUGAAUUCACUUGUAAGGUUCUUUGCUUUUUAUGCAAGAACCGAUAUACUAAAUUUGAUGAACAAGUCUAAUCUUCUAAAUUGCAUGCAGUGCUGCAGGCACAAGGUUACUAUGUUUUGGAAGUGCAGGGGAAGCAUGUUAGUGUUGAUUUAUCCUAAUUCUUGCUAAGCACAAUGUACUGCACUCAGUCUGUAGUUGGCAUGUGCCACCCGAUCUGAGGCCGUUCCCUGUACACAAACCUCCCAGCUCUUUCAUUACCUUUCAGUGACUCGUUAAUAUUUCAGCGGCUCCUCAUCUGAUGAAUUGCCUUUGAUUGCGUUGCAUAUUUCAUGAGCCUUUCUGACACUUGUGAUUUUUCCAUGAUCUGGGCGAUCUUUCUAUUGCAGUGUGGGUGGGAAUCCCUGGGGAUGAGCACCUCUUAGAAAUUAACCUGUAUGUCAUCUCUUUUUGUCGUGUUGGCUUUUUAUAUGAUAUGGAUUCUCCUGGAUUUCCCCAGAGAUCGAGCAAUUAUGCGUUAAGUCUUAAAAUCUGUAUUAACAAAGAAAAAGUGUGCAAGGUGCUUCAAAUAUAAUUAUUAGAUAUAUAUAUAUAUAUAUAUAUAUAUAUAUAUAUAUAUAUAUAUAUAUAUUAGUGCUCAACUGACGUGUCAAACUGAUUGAGAUAGAUAUAUAUCUAUCAAAGUGCUUCUCCAACACUCUAAAACAUAAACAUAUAUAAGAAAGAAAUGUAUAGCAGUGCCACAGUGAUUAAAAAUGUAUAUAAAAUAUUUAUAUAACCAUAUAUUAAAUCAAGUAGAUACUGGUAACAUAAAAUAGUAAGAAAGUAAUAUAAAAUAGUACAAAGUACCUAGAACAGAAAAACCAAAAAAAAUAACAAAAUAUUACUGUAAGAAUUACUCAUAUGACCCAGAGCUGUACUAGGCUGUGUUUAAAGGGCUCAAGGGUUCCAGGAUUUUUUAUGCAAGACAAAUAAAUGUUUCAUGCUGUUUUACCUGCUGUAUUUGUGGUACCUAGCAGUACUUGGUUAAUUACAUUUCUGUUUUCCAGCUGUAUUAUUUAGAUUGUAUGUAUGAAGUAGUGUAUUGAUUAAAAAUAUGGAAAUGAAAUAGAAAUAACUGAUAGUUAUUUUUCAAAUAUACACAUUUCUUGUUGGCAAACAGGGAUUCCAUUAAGUAAGAUUAUUCAUCUUGAAUUUACUGUGUUUACAGCAUGUCCAAAGGAUUUGUAUCUUGUACACUGAAGCUUCCUUAAACUAAGAUGCGAUUUAAAAUCUCAACCAAUUUUUCUGCUCCUAUAGGUUUUUUUAUGCUGGAUAUUUGUGUAUAUUCCAUAAACCCGCAAUUCUUAAAUAUUACUAUAUUGUUUAUUUCCAAAUGUGAAUUUGAGUACAGUAUGCAAGUUUAAGGAUACAGUGCAUCGUUUGUAUGCUUAAGUCUACUUUGUUGUUUCAGAAAACAGAGGCUUGGGAAAGCGAAAAGGAAGAGAGUGACAUGGAAGAAUAUGUGUGGGAGGGCAGCAAGUCAGAAGCAAAUGUCCUUCAGACUUUGCUUAAGGCAGGUAGUGACCCUCUCACCAAAGAAGAAGUCCUACAGUCUCCCAGUGUCCAAGAAUACCGCAGUGCUGUUCUGAGACUACGUAAUGAGGGAGAAAAUGAGGAGAGUGUAAAUUCCUACAAGGAAAGUGUAAAAAAAAUGUUAGGCCUGGCAUAAAUUACAGCCCUCAAGGUAUCCAAAGAUUAAUUUUGAGGACAUUGCAUAUUGGAUGAUCAGUGAACCCAGCUCUAAUCUUCACGGGUUAUGAACAAUGUAAGACUGUACAGUCUUAUAAACAAUCUUCAAGUACUACAGAGCUAUGGCUGGUUGAUUUCUGACAUGUCUCACAUCACCGUGAGAACUUUGCCAUGGACUUGAAUGUGCGAGAAAAAUGUCAUGAAUAUAGAAUCUACACAAUAAUCUUCCAUAAAAACCUCUCUGAAAUGUAUUUCUAGUUAUCUUUUGAAGCUCAUCUUGACAAUUGCAUGGAGUAAACAUCUAUGGUUCUUCACUUAUCUCAUGCCAAAUAUUUAGUUCAAUGCAUUUUCAAAUAAAUUCCUUCAUUUUGUAAGUAACUUAAAACCUUUUAUGAGGGUUGUGUAUUGUUUCCUUGUCUCAUCCUUAGUACUGUUUGUAUUUGUGGAUCUUAAAGGGAACCUAUUCAGAAAAUAACAAUUGUUAUUUCAGCACUAUAGUUUCCCUUUUGACCACCCUCUUUGCCCUGUAAAAAUGAAGUAAAAUAAAUAUUACUCACUUUGUUUCCACUGCAGCUUCUAUUCCCGCUCCGCCUCCACUGAUGUUAACAAGCAUGCUGUCGUCCCCCAAGAUAAUUUUAUUCCCAGGUUUACUCGUUUCUAAAAAAAAAAAAAAAAACUGCCUUGUUUUACAUUGCAGGGUUAGAACUAAGGAAUCGCUGCAUCCAUACUGCUUCAUUGAGAUGAAGUGGUCUGGUGACAUAGUGUUCCUUUAAAGGACCACUAUAGUGCCAGGAAAACAAACUCCUUUUCCUUGCACUAUAGGGUCAUUAGGUUCCCCCCUCCCGCUGGGUUGAAGGGGUUAAAACCCCUUCAGCCACUUACCUUUCUCCAGCGCUGGGUUCCCUCGGCGCUGGUGACCUCUGCUCCUCCUGCUGACGUCAGAUCCGAAUGCACAUGCGCAGCAAGAGCCGCGUGCACAUUCAAACCGCCCAUAGGAAAGCAUUACUCAAUGCUUUCCUAUGGAUUUCCAGCGUCUUAGAAUCUUAGAAUUUCCAGCGUCUUUCCUAUGGAUUUCCAGCGUCUUAGAAUCGCGGAAGCGAUUGAAGCAUAGCAGUUUUUCUCUGAAACUGCUAUGUUUUCAGCUGCAGGGUUAAAACUAGAGGGACCUGGCACCCAGACCACUUCAUUGAACUGAAGUGGUCUGGGUGCCUAUAGUGGUCCUUUUAAACAUAUCCUCUAUUUAGUUUCAUGAUUUCCAAGUUCUUCUGCACCACACUGUGUUUUCCAUUAAAAUAGCACUGUAACUUCAUCUCAUUAAAGUUGAUGUAGUGUCUGGAGUCCCAUGCGGUUAUCCUCCAUUCAGUGUCAAACCGUUUUGUCAUGUUUUAAAGAUAUACAGGGAGUGCAGAAUUAUUAGGCAAAUUAGUAUUUUGACCACAUCAUCCUCUUUAUGCAUGUUGUCUUACUCCAAGCUGUAUAGGCUCGAAAGCCUACUACCAAUUAAGCAUAUUAGGUG